AUGGACGCAAGUACACGAAAACUACAUUUAAAACGUGAAGUCGGAUUAAUCAGUGCUGUUUGUUUGAUUGUUGGGACAAUGAUUGGCUCAGGCAUCUACAUGUCCCCAGAAUGGGUGUUACAGUAUAUUGGGAGUCCUGGAGCUAGCCUUGUGGUAUGGACAGUCUGCGGAUUGGUCUGCACAAUAGCUGCUCUUGCAUAUGUAGAACUUGGCAGUGCCAUAAAAGAAUCUGGUGGAGAGUACAUAUAUAUCCUGAAAAAGUUUGGUCCUAUUCCUGCCUUUCUGUUCUCUUGGACCUCAGUGUUUAUAGCUAGACCUGCUGGAAUUGCAGCAAUGUCUUUGAGCCUAGCGCAGUAUAUUGCAGCUCCAUUUUAUGAUGCAUGCUUACCCCCGUCUUUUGUGGUUAAAUGCACAGCAGCUGCGAGCAUCUUAUUACUCGGUAUUAUAAAUGGUCUUAAUGUAAAACUGGCAACCCGCAUUCAAAACAUUUUCACUUUUGCUAAGCUACUGUCUCUACUUAUCAUUGUCAUUGGAGGGAUAGUGUUGCUGUUCAAAGGACACAUGCGCAGUUUUCAGAAUGCCUUUCAAGGAACAAUGGCAGGAUUUGGCUCAAUGGGAAUUGCAUUCCAACAAGGAAUGUGGUCCUAUGGUGGAUGGAAUAAUUUAAAUUAUGUGACUGAAGAAAUCAGACGCCCUGAGGUGAACCUGCCUCGGGCUAUAUUGAUUUCACUUCCAUUGGUGACCCUGCUGUAUUUAAUGGUAAAUAUUAGCUACCUGGCAGCCAUGAAUCCAACUGAGAUGAUGGCAUCUGGUGCUGUGGCUGUAACAUGGGGAAACAGAGUGCUGGGCAGCUGGGCUUGGCUAAUGCCAUUGUCUGUUGUUCUUUCCACAUUUGGGUCUGUAAGUGGUAGUUUCUUCACUGGAGGACGCAGUUGUUAUGUAGCAGCCAGAGAAGGUUCAUUGCCAGAUAUUCUGUCCAUGGCUCACGUGCAUCGUCUGACCCCAUUGCCUGCCCUUUUAUUUACAGCUCUCAUUGCUUUGAUAAUGUUAAUCCCGGGAGAUUUUGGGUCAAUAGUCAAUUAUUUCAGUUUCACAGCUUGGAUGUUUUAUAGUCUAACCUUUGCUGCACUGAUUAACAUGAAAAUUAAGAGACCACAUCUUCAUCAACCCUUCAAAGUACCGAUGCUUGUGCCAAUUUUCAUGCUAAUUAUUUCAGCCUACCUGGUGGUGGCGCCAAUUGUUGGUGAUCCUCGGAUUGAAUACUUGUUUGUUUUUUUAUUCAUGUUGUGUGGUCUCCUGAUUUAUUUCCCUUUGAUUCACUUCAAAUUAUGGGCAGGCUCGUUGGGCCAGGUAACCGUGUUUUUGCAGUUGCUGCUAGAGGUUGCACCAACCCAGGCCAACCUGGACUGA